AUGGAGCCCGCUGUACUUUGGGUGGCACGCCUGGUGGGCUGGGAGGCAGAAGGAGCGUGUCGUGGGAGGGCAUGGGAUAGGUUUCUGGCAGGCACUGUGUGCUGCUGUGUGCUCCACUCAUUUCAAGCGUCUGCUGGCCUUCCCGCAGGUCUCCACGCUUCAGAAGAAACGGAGGAGUGGGAGAUUGUCUUCCCCGCGCUGUGGAGCAGGGGCCAGCAGGAGCCGGCUGCUGGGAGCGGCGGUGGUGGGGGCUGCCGGGAGGUGCGUUCAGUCUCCUCCUCGGUGGAGGGGCAGGCGCAGGCUGUGGGGGAGGCAGCAGAGGAAGAGGAUGCUGAGGAUGAGUAUGAGUCUCAGGAGUUUUACCACUGGUCCCCCCUGCCCCAAGGGUCUGGUGCUGCCUCUCAGUUGCCACCGCCACCACCAUCACCCCCGCCACCACCUCCAGCAGAGGACGGAGAUGAGGUGCUGCUGAGGAUCCCGGCUUUUGCUCGGGAGCUCUACCUGCUGCUCAAGAGGGACAGCCGCUUCCUGGCAGCUGGCUUUGCUGUGGAGGAGCGGCUCGGGGGUGAGGGCAAAAGCCCACCCGGUGCUGCACCGUUGCAACCUGAGAGAGCUUGUUACUACAGUGGUGCUGUCCUCCGCUACCCGGGCUCCUUCGCCUCCUUCAGUACCUGUGGUGGAUUGAUGGGGUUUAUACAGAUUAAUGAGGACUUCAUAUUUAUUGAGCCACUCAAUCGCACUUUGGCUGUGACAGGUCAUGCUCACAGGGUGUACAGACGAAAAAGGUCCAUAGAGGAGAAAAUUACUGAAAAGCCAGCUUCUCAGAAUCAGUACUGUGGUGUUGUCACAGAUAAAAGAAAAUCCAAGAAUCAAAAAGUAUCAGAAAGUGGAAGAGGAAAACGAUACUCUUACAAGUUACCUCAGGAGUACAAUAUAGAAACUGUUGUGGUGGCAGAUCCGGCUAUGGUUUCGUAUCAUGGAACAGAUGCUGCCAGAAGAUUUAUUUUAACCAUCUUAAACAUGGUUUUUAACCUUUUCCAGCACAAGAGCCUUGGACUACAAGUGAAUCUUCGGGUGACUAAGCUAGUCCUCCUUCAUGAGACUCCUGCAGAUAUGUAUAUUGGACAUCAUGGGGAAAAAAUGCUGGAAAGCUUUUGUAGAUGGCAACAUGAAGAAUUUGGCAAGAAGAAUGAUAUACACUUAGAAAUGUCAACUAGCUGGGGAGAAGACAUGUCUUCAGUUGAUGCAGCCAUACUGAUCACAAGGAAGGAUUUCUGUGUACAUAAAGACGAACCAUGUGAUACUGUUGGUAUAGCAUAUCUGAGUGGAAUGUGCAGUGAGAAACGAAAAUGUAUAAUUGCAGAGGACAAUGGUCUGAAUCUCGCUUUUACCAUUGCCCAUGAAAUGGGUCACAACAUGGGGAUAAACCACGACAAUGACCACCCAUCCUGUGCAGAUGGUCUCCAUAUCAUGUCUGGAGAGUGGAUUAAAGGACAGAACCUUGGAGAUGUUUCAUGGUCUCGGUGCAGCAGGGAAGAUCUGGAAAGAUUUCUCAGGUCAAAGGCCAGUAACUGUCUGCUACAGACCAAUCCUCAGAGCCUCAAUUCUGUGAUUAUUCCCUCCAAGCUCCCAGGAAUGACAUACACUGCAGAUGAACAGUGUCAGAUUCUUUUCGGACCAACUGCUUCCUUUUGCCAAGAAAUGCAGCAUGUCAUUUGCACUGGGUUGUGGUGUAAGGUGGAAAGUGAGAAGGAAUGCAAAACUAAACUGGAUCCACCAAUGGAUGGAACAGACUGUGAAACUGGAAAGUGGUGUAAGGCUGGAGAGUGUAUCAAUCGGACCUCUUUUGCGGAGCAUAUGGAGGGGGAGUGGAGCACAUGGAGCACUUGUAGCCGUACUUGCAACACUGGAAUCAGCAGUCGACAACGCAGAUGCCCCAGUUCAGGCCUUGAAGGAGAGUGUCAUGGUCCCGCUAUGCAGUACAGAGUAUGUGAAAAUCCUGCUUGUCCUAUUGGCGUGCCUGCCUUCAGGGACUGGCAGUGCCAGGCUUUCAGUGUCAGAUCUUCUUAUCAGAAGCACGUGCACCAGUGGCAGGCUGUCAUCGAUGAUGAAAAGCCGUGUGCCUUAUUCUGUUCACCAGCUGGAAAGGAUCAACCCGUUCUUCUAACAGAAAAGGUGAUGGAUGGGACGUCUUGUGGCCAGCAUGGGUUAGAUGUCUGUGCAGAUGGUAGAUGCCAGAAAUUUGGCUGUGAUGGUGUAUUAGGAUCUCUGGCUCGUGAAGAUCAUUGUGGUGUAUGCAAUGGUGAUGGAAAGUCAUGCAAAGUUAUUAAAGGUGAUUUUAACCAUACCAGAGGAGCUGGUUAUGUGGAAGCUUUGGUGAUACCUGCAGGAGCAAGAAGAAUCAAAGUUGUGGAGGAAAAACCAGCUCACAGUUAUUUAGCUCUUCGAGAUGCUGGAAAACAGUCAAUCAAUAGUGACUGGAAGAUAGAGCAUUCAGGAGCCUUCAAUAUUGCUGGAACCACUGUCCAUUAUGUUCGGAGAGGUCUCUGGGAGAAAAUAUCAGCCAAAGGUCCCACAACAUCACCUUUACAUUUACUGGUGCUGCUCUUCCAUGACCAGAGCUAUGGUCUACACUAUGAGUACACAAUCCCACUGGAUCCUCUUCCUGAGAAUCAGAGCUCUAAAGUACCGGAGCCUCUUUUCAUGUGGACUCAUUCUGGCUGGGAGGACUGUGAUGCUGUAUGUGGAGGAGGUGAAAGAAAGACGACAGUCUCUUGCACAAAGAUUAUGAACAAGAAUAUCAGUCUUGUGGACAACAAGAAGUGCAAGUAUUUAACAAAACCUGAACCACAGAUCCGCAAGUGCAAUGAGCAGCCAUGCCAGACCAGAUGGAUGAUGACAGAAUGGACUCCAUGUUCAAGGACAUGUGGAAAAGGGACCCAGAACAGACAAGUAGCCUGCACACAGCAGCUCAGAAAUGGGACCCUGAUCAGAGCUAGGGAGAGGGAUUGCAUUGGGCCAAAGCCUGCUUCUGCACAGCGCUGUGAAGGCCAGGACUGCAUGACUGUGUGGGAGGCGGGAGUCUGGUCUGAGUGCUCUGUGAAGUGUGGUAAGGGAGUACGGCAUCGGACUGUGAGGUGCACCAAUCCCCGCAAGAAAUGUGUUUUGUCCACAAGACCUAAAGAAGCAGAGGACUGUGAGGACUAUUCUAAAUGCUAUGUCUGGAGAAUGGGAGACUGGUCUAAGUGCUCCGUCACCUGUGGCAAAGGGAUGCAGUCCCGAGUCAUCCAGUGCAUGCACAAGAUCACAGGAAGGCAUGGCAAUGAAUGCUUUUCCUCAGAAAAGCCUGCAGCCUACAGACCCUGCCACCUCCACGCCUGCAAUGAAAAAAUUAAUGUUAACACAAUAACGUCACCCAGGUUAGCUGCUUUAACAUUCAAGUGCCUGGGAGACCAGUGGCCUGUGUACUGCAGGGUGAUAAGAGAGAAGAACCUCUGUCAAGACAUGAGGUGGUAUCAGCGGUGCUGUGAGACGUGCAGGGAUUUCUAUGCGCAAAAAAUGCAACAAAAGAGUUGACCUCUGUCAGUCUGGCUGGCUCUCAGCUCUUUGCAAUCUUAUUAUUUAUAAACACACACACAUGUACACACACACACACACGCACGCUUCUUCAGACCAAAUAUUAUCAGAUUAGAUAUAAUUUAAUCAAAUUAAUUUAUUUUUGCCUGCCAGACAUCCUUAAUUGUUUCGUUUAGACAGCCAACUUGUUUUAUCAUCUGAAAUUUUCUUAAUUAAUUUUUAUAUGAACAAUUUUGGAUACAUUUAUCAGAAUUUUUUAAAAAUAGUAACUAGUAUUUUAUAUGUCUAUUUUCAGUAGGGUCGUCUCUCUGUUGCCAAAAAAAAGUCAUGUUAUCUUGAAUUUAUUUUAAUUUAGCUGAAUAGUUUUGUAUGGAAAUAAAGCCCUUUUUAAUUUUAUUAUAUUUUUUGGCAUUCAGAGUCAGAAUGAUCUUGUGUAUUUUGCAACAGAUGUUGAAGUGAGUAAGCUAAGAUUAUUGAACAGGUUAUUACAGAAUGUAUU